AUGGAGUACCGGCAGAAGUCCGCGCGGCUGCCAAAGUCGGCCGAAGAGAAGUCGCGGUGGCGACGCGUCAUCGUCAUUCUCGAGCACUGCCCCCUCUCCGUGGUGCGCACGGAGUACGGCUUCGAGCUGCUGUCGGAGAAGCACCGGCAGUACCACGCACGCAACAGGCAGGACCCUGCCGAGUGGCGCCCCGACGUUGUGCAUCAGACGCUGCUGCACCUGCUGGACUGCCCACUCAACCGCGCCGGUCUCCUGCAGGUGUUUCUGCGCACAAAGAAGGGCGUUGUUAUCGCCGUGGACCCACGCCUGCGUGUGCCGCGGCACAUCCGGCUCUUUGAGAAGAUGAUGGUGGCGUGCCUGUACAAGAUGAAGGUGCGGGCGGCGCACGGGCAUCUCUCGCUGCUGCGGGUUGUGCGGAACCCCGUCACAGAUCACAUCCCGCCAAACUGCACUUUGUACCGCGUGGAGAAGGACGGCGACGCGGUCCCGGACCUCUACGCCUUUUGCGCCGCAUGCGGCGCCGCCGAUGACGGGACCACGAAGACGCAUGACGCCGCCCCCGCACACUUUGCGCAGCGCCACAGCGAGGCUGCCGAGGCGCGCCAGUUUCAUCCGUUUGCGUUUAUCGUUGGCGGCAUGUCGAAGGGCGACGUCGACGCGCCGUACGCCCCGAAAGGAGAAGUGAAGAGCAUCCGCAUCAGCGACAGGGGCAUGUCCGCGGCGGCCGUCUGCAGCGCCAUCACGCACGCCUUUGAGGAGGAGUGGCUUCGCGACGACAACGCGACGGAGUAG